ACAGAUUAAAGGAAUUACCUGAAGACAAAACAUUCUAUUCUUCAGAGACUGGACAAGGGUUACUCUUGAUCGUGGCAAUUAAAAAUGAUGUUGUCAUGGAAACAGUUGAUCCUGCUUUUGUUCAUUGGCUGCCUAGGAGGUGAGCUUCACUUACAAGGACCUGUGUUUAUCAAAGAACCCAGCAACAGCAUUUUCCCUGUUGGAUCAGAAGAUAAAAAAGUAACAUUGAACUGUGAAGCAAGAGGCAACCCUUCACCUCAUUACAGAUGGCAGCUAAAUGGAAGUGAUAUUGAUCUGAGUAUGGAGCAUCGUUACAAGUUGAAUGGUGGAAAUCUUGUGGUUUUUAACCCCAACAGAAAUUGGGAUACUGGAAAUUACCAAUGUUUUGCAACAAAUUCACUUGGAACAAUUGUCAGCAGAGAAGCUAAACUCCAGUUUGCCUAUCUUGAAAAUUUUAAAACCAAAAUGAGAAGUACAGUGUCAGUGCGCGAAGGCCAGGGAGUUGUGCUGCUUUGUGGUCCUCCGCCACACUCGGGUGAACUAUCCUAUGCUUGGAUCUUCAAUGAAUAUCCAUCGUUUGUUGAAGAAGAUAGUCGGAGAUUUGUCUCUCAAGAGACGGGGCAUCUCUACAUAGCUAAGGUGGAGCCUUCUGACGUGGGAAAUUAUACAUGUGUGGUUACAAGUAUGGUGACAAAUGCCAGAGUACUGGGCUCUCCGACUCCUUUGAUGCUGCGUUCUGAUGGUGUGAUGGGUGAAUAUGAACCCAAAAUAGAAGUUCAGUUUCCAGAAACUCUUCCAGCAGCUAAAGGCACCACUGUGAAACUGGAGUGCUUUGCCCUUGGAAACCCUGUACCUCAGAUUAAUUGGAGAAGAAGUGAUGGAAUGCCAUUUCCAGCCAAAAUCAAAUUGCAGAAGUUCAGUGCUGUGCUGGAGAUCCCUGCCUUCCAGCAGGAGGAUGCUGGGUCUUAUGAAUGCAUUGCUGAGAAUUCCCGUGGAAAGAAUGUAGCCAGAGGGCGUCUCACGUACUAUGCAAAGCCUCAUUGGGUUCAAUUCAUAAAAGAUAUGGAAAUGGCUGUGGAAGACAGUCUUUACUGGGAAUGUCGAGCAAGUGGGAAGCCCAAACCCUCCUACCGAUGGUUGAAAAACGGAGAAGCCCUGGUAUUAGAGGAGAGAAUACAGAUAGAAAACGGUGCUCUCACAAUAUCAAACCUAAAUGUAACUGACUCUGGCAUGUUCCAGUGCAUAGCAGAAAACAAACAUGGUCUCAUCUAUUCCAGCGCUGAACUCAAGGUUGUUGCCUCUGCUCCAGAUUUUUCAAAGAACCCAAUGAGGAACUUGGUUCGAGUGCAGGUGGGCAGCCUGGUGACCCUGGACUGCAAACCCAGAGCUUCCCCCAGGGCUCUGUCUUCUUGGAAGAAGGGAGGUGUGGUGGUGCAGGAGCAUGAAAGAAUUUCUUUUCUAAAAGACGGAGGACUUAAAAUAGCCAAUGUGACUAAAGCAGAUUCUGGAACCUACACCUGCACAGCAGAAAACCAGUUUGGGAAAGCGAAUGGCACAACUGUCCUGGUGGUCACAGAACCUACGAGAAUAACUUUGGCCCCUUCUAAUAUGGAUGUCUCAGUGGGAGAAAGUGUCAUUUUGCCCUGCCAGGUGCAACAUGACCCUUUACUAGAUAUUAUGUUUACGUGGUAUUUCAAUGGGGCCCUCACGGAUUUUAAGAAAGAUGGAUCUCACUUUGAGAAAGUUGGUGGGAGUUCAUCUGGUGAUUUAAUGAUCAGAAACAUUCAGCUGAAACACAGUGGAAAGUAUGUCUGUAUGGUCCAAACUGGGGUAGACAGUGUUUCUUCUGCUGCUGAACUUAUAGUAAGAGGUUCACCUGGACCACCAGAAAAUGUAAAAGUUGAUGAAAUUACAGAUACAACUGCCCAACUGUCUUGGAAAGAAGGAAUAGACAACCACAGCCCAGUUACAUCAUAUGCUAUCCAGGCUAGAACACCUUUCUCCGUGGGCUGGCAAACAGUCACAACAGUGCCUGAGGUCAUCGAUGGGAAAACACACACGGCUACUGUGGUCGAGUUAAAUCCCUGGGUGGAAUAUGAAUUUCGAGUUGUAGCCAGUAACAAGAUUGGAGGUGGAGAACCCAGUUUACCCUCAGAAAAAGUAAGAACUGAAGAGGCAGUUCCAGAAGUGCCUCCUUCUGAAGUCAACGGAGGAGGAGGAAGCCGGUCUGAACUAGUGAUAACCUGGGAUCCAGUCCCUGAAGAACUACAGAAUGGUGAAGGUUUUGGGUAUGUUGUUGCCUUUCGCCCUCUUGGGGUUACUACCUGGAUCCAGACAGUGGUGACAUCUCCUGAUACCCCAAGAUAUGUCUUUAGGAAUGAAAGUAUCGUGCCAUUUUCACCAUAUGAAGUUAAAGUAGGUGUUUAUAAUAACAAAGGUGAAGGACCAUUUAGCCCUGUGACGACAGUGUUCUCUGCAGAAGAAGAGCCUACAGUAGCCCCAUCUCAGGUAUCUGCCCAUAGCCUGAAUUCUUCAGAAAUUGAAGUCGCAUGGAACAGUAUUCCAUGGAAGUUGAGCAAUGGACAUUUACUUGGCUAUGAGGUUCGGUACUGGAACAAUGGAGGAGAGGAGGAAUCAUCAAGCAAAGUGAAGGUGGCAGGCAAUGAGACAUCAGCCCGACUCAGGGGCCUGAAGAGCAACCUGGCCUACUACACCGCUGUCCGGGCUUACAACAGUGCCGGUGCCGGUCCCUUCAGUGCCACAGUCAACGCAACCACCAAGAAAACACCUCCCAGUCAGCCUCCAGGAAAUGUGAUCUGGAAUGCGACUGACACUAAAGUGUUACUUAACUGGGAACAAGUGAAAGCAAUGGAGAAUGAAUCUGAAGUCACAGGAUAUAAAGUUUUCUAUAGGACUAGCAGUCAAAACAUUGUGCAUGUGUUGAAUACAAAUAAAACUUCAGCUGAACUUUUGCUGCCCCUUAAGGAAGACUACAUUAUUGAAGUCAAAGCCACCACAGAUGGAGGGGAUGGCACCAGUAGUGAACAGAUCAGGAUUCCAAGAAUUACCAAUAUGGAUGCAAGAGGAUCCACUUCACCCAUCUUGAGUGUCCACCCUAUGUCAAGUUAUACACCCACGGUACUGCUCUUUAUUGUAAAUGCCCUGUGGUGAUAUUUAUUAUUUUUUUAUUAUUUACUGGAAUUGGUUACCCAAAAAAGUACUUUCAUGCAAUGGUGAUUGUGCAUGUUUUUUUCAACUGUUUUUAACUUUCUACUUCGUUAUAGGUAAAAUAUGAAUAAAAUAAAAAAUAGUUAAUCCUUUUAGAGGAAUCUGAAAUGCCUUAAUAUUUACUUGAUAAGCCAAAGGAAUUUACAUAUUACAUACUGCAGACUUUUGAUACAAAUGUUCUUAAACUAUGAGUUUAUGGGAAAG